ACUUUUGAAUUGCCUUGGUGUCCUACCCUGUACGUGUGCUCACUGCUGAAGCACUCAGCAGUGUCUCAGUACGUAUUUUCGUUCUUUAACUCAUGAGCGUCCUGAGUAAUGUUCUUACUUCGGGGCUGAUGUCUUUUGGGAAAGUUACGGGAGCAAUGCACCCGGUGUUUUGUUUCCUACGGCCGGGAAGGAGGUGGCGGCAGAGGUGUCGGGGUUUCACCCCGAGGGGGCCGAGGUUGGAGCUGCCCCAGCCCGGCGAGGCCGUUCCGCUUUCGGUUUUGUUUACCGUCAGCGCCGGGCUUUCAGGAAUGGAAAAGCCUCCGGGGGCAGCUGCCUGACUCACGGCGCGAUGCAUCAGCCGCCCGGGGGUGCUUUUCAGGCCCCUUCCUCGCCGGCCGAGGACCGCAGCUCGCAGCAAUUCCCGGCGGCCGGGGGCUGAGGGCUGCCGCUGCACGGGGAGGCCGGGCCGGGCCGGGCCGGGGCGGGCCGGAGCCGCCUCCAGCCGCCCCGCAGAGCCCCAGCAGCAGCCGCCGGGGCCGGGAGGGAGAGAGGCGGCCGCGGCAGGUUCUACCUGCAUCAUGGAAAAGCCUUUGCUUCUGUGUAUGUUUUCAUUCUACUGGCAUUUCCUAAAUGCUUUAUUCACUGUUGAAGCUCCCCAGUCACUCUACACCGUGGAACUAGGCAACAACGUGACCAUGGAAUGCACAUUUCCAGUGAAUGGGAAACUAAAGUUUAGAGAUUUAAGUGUCAGCUGGGAAAAAAAAGAUGAACUUGGAAAGGAUGUGUAUGUACUUCUCAAAGGAGAGGAAGACUUCAAAAGUCAGCACAGUGACUUCAGGGGGAGAAUAAAAUUGUUGAAAGAGAAUCUGAAGCUGGGGCAGUCUCUCCUUCAGAUCAUGGAUGUGAAGCUCAGAGAUGCAGGGUUUUACCGCUGUCUUAUUGACUAUGGGGGAGCUGACUACAAGACCAUCAAUCUGAAGGUUCAGGCUCCUUAUAGAAACAUAACCCAAGGAGUGGUGAGCACAGGAGACAAGGAAUGGAAGUUAACCUGUCAAUCAGAAGGAUACCCAAAAGCUGAAGUGAUAUGGCAAAAUGGAGAAUAUGAGGAUUUGACUGAUAAGGCAGAUACAAGUUAUGAAACUGGAAGUGACCAGCUGUAUCGUGUGACAAGUACACUCACAAUCAAAAAUAGGACUCACGAGAAUUUUCGUUGUAUCUUCUGGAAUAAGGAGCUUCAAAAAAAUACAUCUGCAAUUUUAUACAUAGCAGAUUCAGCUGAUGAUGUGCUGCGGACUGAGAGCAGACGCUUUGUUGGGGCAAUUCUCGUUGUGACUGCUCUUGUUGGAUCAGUGCUAUUUAUUCUCUGCAUAAGAAAAGCUAGUACAAGUAAGGACAAGGGAACGUGCAUGGCUAACUCAUCAGUGAAUGUAGCAAAGCUGCCAAAAGAUAAGGAUACACAUGACUGGAGAGGUCCUCCUUUUGAAGAGGAAGAGUUGAAAUAUAUACAGAUUGAGAAGACUUAGAGAAAGCAAGGAAAGCUUUCUGAAGGUUUGAUGGUUCUGCUGUUCUGUGCUCUGUGUAUUCAGGGAGAUACUAAUAUUUUGUUUUUAUUCUGUGGUUGCAACCUUCUUCCAUACCAUUGUAACUCAGGAAAACUGCAAUGAAGUUAAUAGAAUUAUCAUAGCAUAAAAGGCCCUUGGAUUCAGGCCUCUGUAUAUGUGACUAUGUAUGAAAGUGUUUAUCUAAAUGUCCACAUUUCUGCUUUCUCAAUUUUAUGCACUUUCAAGGACACAUCCUAUUUAAAAAUAUCUUUAAGGUAAAGCACUUUAGGUCCAUGACCAUAAGGAAUUUCAUAGCUAAUUCUUAAAUAGUCCAUGUUCUGGACUUUUUUUAUUUUAUUUUUUUUUUUACCUGCCUGAGCUCUCAGUUCAGUGUAGAGAUUUUUUUUCCAGCUUGUAAAGAAUGUUUUCAAUACUUUGAUCCACAUAAAAGAUACAGGUGCAACAGGAAAAGGUGCCAUACAUACAAGGCAUUUUCUGUCUUAACUGUAGAUCUUAAAAUAUUGGCUACUCAGAGCUAAGUCUGAAAUGGGCAUUGUAACCUUCUUGACAACUGUGAUUGGGAAAUUAUUAGAUAAUACUAAGCUCCUUUCUCUGAAAAAGUUGUUUUGGGGAUUUAAUUUCCUUUUGAUAUAGCUGGCACUACUUGGUUACUGCUUGUUACUCUUCUGAUUUACCAUUUGGGGAUAAUGCAACUCUUUGGACCUUCAGAAAGAACAGCUCUUGAUUUGGACUACCUUUUUUUCAUCCUGGAAACAGAAGAGGAACCUUCUCGCUGUCAGGACAUGAAAUGUAUGUUCUUGUGAUUAGUUCAGAAAUGCUUAUGGAAUGUACUCCUGGAUCCCAUUUCCUAAAGCUAUUGCUUUGUUACAUUUUUCAAGGUGCAUAGCUUGUUUGUUUGUUUGUCGUACACAGAUUAAAAUUAUUUAUUGCAAUGCUGUUCACAGUUAUAUUCCAUUAUAUUUUUUUAAUAAAAUAUGUUUCAUUU